GCUGCAGUAACGGUUGCUUGUUUGACGUCUGUAAAUAUUCUGUAUUUUAGGAUUUCACUGCAAACACAAGGGUGGCUGGCUACUGACAUUCAACAGAAACUGGGCAUUGAUGCGUUAUCUGAACAUUAUCUGAUUUCAACUGGGAGUAAAUCAAAAUAAGGAAGAGAUGUCGUCUCUGUGUGGCACCAGCAACGGCUGCCAAGAUGGAGGUCAAGAAGCCGCUGAGAAACAGGAAAAGGAGCAUCCCCGUGUGCUCAUCCCCGAGCUGUGCCGUCUCUUCUACCACCUUGGUUGGGUGACGGGGACAGGUGGAGGGAUCAGUCUCAAACAAGGAGAUCAAAUCUACAUCGCACCAUCAGGAGUCCAGAAAGAGAGAAUCCAGCCAGAAGACAUGUUCGUGUGCGACAUAGAAGAGAAGGACAUCAGCUCUCCUCCAGCCUGGAAGAAAUUUAAGAAGAGCCAGUGUACUCCGCUUUUUAUGAAUGCCUACACUAUGAGAGGAGCACAGGCAGUUAUACACACCCACUCAAAGGCUGCUGUCAUGGCAACACUGCUGUAUCCUGGCAAAGAGUUCAGGAUAACACACCAGGAGAUGAUCAAGGGGAUCCGUAAGGGCACCUCAGGCACUAACUAUCGCUAUGAUGACACCCUUGUCGUGCCGAUUAUUGAAAACACACCAGAGGAGAAGGACCUGAAAGACCGGAUGGCUUUAGCCAUGGAGGAAUACCCAGACACAUGUGCUGUCCUUGUCCGCCGGCAUGGUGUCUAUGUCUGGGGAGAGUCGUGGGAAAAGGCCAAGACCAUGUGCGAGUGUUAUGACUACCUGUUCGACAUCGCUGUCCAGAUGAAGCAGUGUGGACUGGACCCUUCAGCCCUGCCGAUGGAAGAAAAGGGAAUAGUCUGACGUUCACUGGUGCUUUUUGAAAUAGACAUUUGUUGCAGAAAGGUCAGUGGAGUUCAGUCAAGGGGGGCUGAUUGUAAUCAUUUGCCUUUCAUGCUGGCCUGCUUCAAAUUCGAUGAAAUGCGAUGGUAAGGGCAGAUUCAGGGUUGGAGGAGAUUGAAUGCUUGUGAUCCGGAAGCACCUGGAGGUAUGCUGCAAAGCACUAUGGGACAACUCAUGAGUGAGCGGGCGUCAAAUAAAAAGGUCUCUGAGUUCAAAGUCUUUCCUAUUCAAGUUUGACUGCAGUAGAGUCAAGGUCUCUGUGCAUGUCAGGCUAGAACAUACUGUGCUUGAACUGAACUGGGAUUGUGACAGGCUGCCUCUGCCUUAAUCAAUAAAGCUGAUUAA